AUAAUGAAAUCAUGGUCGUUGGCGCUGGUCGCUCAGUUGUUGGUGACGUCGUCGUCGGUAACGGCAUGGGAGCUGGUGCAAAGAGAGCAACCCAAGGUCGUCGCACUCGACAUCCAGCGCCGCUACGUGCCUAACCCCGUCGAGCGAGAUCGUCUGCGCAAAAGACAGCAGUCAAAAACCCUCCAACAGACGCUCGAUAACCUGGAAACUCUCUAUUUCGCAAACGCAAGCUUGGGCACGCCGCCGCAAAACCUCCGCCUCCACAUCGACACGGGCAGCAGUGACCUUUGGGCUAAUGCAGGAAACUCGCGACAAUGCUCUUCCCGUGGCAGCCCGUGUGCUGAAUCCGGAACGUAUACCGCAAACGAUUCGUCUACCUACUCGUAUGUCAACAGCGUCUUCAACAUAAGCUACGUCGACGGCUCGGGUGCAUCGGGCGAUUAUGCUACAGACACAUUCCGCUUCGGAGGUCGCGAUAUUGAAGAUUUGCAGUUUGGAAUCGGUUACGAAUCCACCUCCCCCGAGGGCAUUCUCGGCAUCGGGUACACCAUCAACGAGGUACAGGUCAAUCGCGCCGGUCUCCAGCCUUAUCCCAAUCUGCCGCAAAAGCUGGUCGACGACGGUACCAUCAGUACAAAUGCCUAUUCCUUGUGGUUGAACGAUUUGGAUGCGUCAACAGGAAGCAUUCUCUUCGGUGGGAUAGAUACCAACAAGUUCCAAGGCACACUGCAAUUGCUCCCCGUUAUUCAAGAGCAGGGUGUACAUGCCGAGUUUAUCAUCGCCCUAACUGGCAUGGGCCAAAACGGACAAGCAAACUCCAUCUUCACCAAUGAGAGCAUCGCUGUUCUGCUUGACUCCGGAUCGUCGCUUAUGUAUCUUCCCGAUAACGUGGCUCAAGCUCUGUACCAAGCCUAUGGAGCUCAGUACGAUUCUUCCCAGGGUGCUGCUUUUGUCGACUGCGAUCUAGCCAACCGGCAAGGCUCACUCGAAUUCACCUUUUCUGGGGUAACAAUUUCCGUCGAAUUGGGUGAACUUGUCGUGACUGCCGGAUUUCAGCGUGGGCGACCCGUCUGCAUUCUAGGCGUUAGUCCCGCCGGCGACAGCGUUUCUGUACUGGGCGAUACCUUUUUACGAUCUGCCUACGUCGUGUACGAUCUCCAGAACAACCAAAUUGGGCUCGCGCAGACCAACUUCAACGCCACUGGAUCCGAUGUCAAGGAAAUCACAACCGGAUCGAGCGGUGUACCUAGUGCAACGGUCGUGCCGAAUGCCGUCUCUACUGCAAACGUGGGUCGGGGUGGAGGACGCAUAUUUGGACCUUCUGUGAGCGCGUCCAGUGCUGGCGCCAUGCCGGCCAUCACUGCGAGCCCUUGGCACGCUGCGGGUGUGGCAGUUGCAGGCGCAGGAGUCAUGUUAGGUUUCAACGGCUUCUAG